UCACGUAAGCGGAAGUGGGGACUGGCUCGGGCUGGUACCUUGAUUCCUCUUUGGCGGGUGGUGAUCUGGCUGUCUCAGUUCCAGUGCCCGCCCGGCUGCCCAGCUGACGUGGCUCCCGGAAGUGGGACUGGCGCCGCGACGCCAUGUUGCAGCAGGACAGUAAUGAUGACACUGAAGAUGUUUCGCUCUUUGAUGCGGAAGAGGAGACAACCACCAGACCAAAAAAGUCCAAAAUCAGACACCCAGUGGCAUCAUUUUUCCAUUUAUUCUUUCGCAUCAGUGCAAUUGUAGUCUAUCUUCUCUGUGAAUUGGUCAGCAGCAGCUUUAUUGCCUGUAUGGUGACAAUUAUCUUGUUGUUAUCAUGUGACUUUUGGGCAGUCAAGAAUGUCACAGGGAGACUUAUGGUUGGCCUGCGCUGGUGGAAUCAUAUUGAUGAAGAUGGAAAAAGCCAUUGGGUGUUUGAAUCCAGAAAGGAAUCCUCUCAACAGAAUAAAACUAUUUCAGAGGCAGAGUCAAGAAUCUUUUGGUUAGGACUUGUUGCCUGUCCAGUGCUGUGGGUGAUAUUUGCCUUUAGUGCUCUCUUCUCCUUCAGAGUGAAGUGGCUGGCAGUGGUUAUCAUGGGUGUGGUGCUACAAGGUGCCAACCUCUAUGGCUACAUCAGGUGCAAAGUGGGCAGCAGAAAGAAUUUAACCAGCAUGGCUACAUCUUAUCUUGGAAAGCAGUUUUUAAGACAAAACACUGGAGACAACCAGACUUCCUGAAGAAAGAGAAAGUUUGUAUGUUCUAUUUCAUUGGGAAACAACUGAAGAAAUAUUGACUCUGAAAUUUCUAGAGCUCAGUACAUGUUGCAAAGAGGGGGUUCUUUUCCAUUCGAAAGUUUACUUAUAAAGGAAAAGUAGUUUUCAUAUUAUGUUUUUAUUUUCUUUCUAGCAUUUGGGGCUCAAAAGCAUGGUGUGGCUAGAAACAUUGUCAAAAUUUGGUUCAUGGUGUUACAUGUGUAUGCAUGUAGUCAUGCAAUCCAUAUGUCCCAAGUGAGUGAAAGGGCUGGCGUUCAUGUACAUAUGUAAUGGAGACAUUUGCAUUUUCACCCCUAGAAUUUAGGAGGAUGUUCCUAGUCUGUCUGUUUAGUAUUCAUGUAGAUUAUUUUCAGAAGCAGGUUUGGCUUCUAUGAUAAGAGUGAGCACUUUGACUUAUGCAUAAGUUAGAAAUAAUUGUUAAUUUUACAACUUAAUAUAUAUUUCAUGAUGAAACUUCUUAUCCCAAACAUUCAUAGACAGGUAGAAACCGAUUUUUUGUUUAUUUGUAACUAGUCAUGUACAUGAGGCCCAACUAAUAUAUACAGAAUUUUCAUAGUUUAUGUUUAAGAGAUUUGUAGAGAUUGAUGCUGUUCUGUGUAUUUUGGGGAAAGGAAGCUAGGUUUUACUUUGGAACUUCAUGGAACUUCAUCAUUGAUUGUUGGUGUAAUGCAGUCUUUUACCACUAACAGAGUAUUAUUCUUGUAGUGAGAAUAAUAAUUUAUGUAUUUGGCAUAAUAAAUGCCUGAAAGAUAUUUUAUUUUGUGAAUCUAUUUUUUUUUUCUGACUCUAAUGGGGAUAUUGUAAAUCAUGCAUUUGUAGUAAUGUCAUUCUUUAAAAAGAAGCAAUAUAUGUAAUAAUCUGAAACAAUUUAGGCAUCUGUAAAUUCUGUUGUAGGUACCAUAAACUUUGUUAGUCUUCUAAUCAACAGAUUAUUUUGUGAAUGUAUUUAUACAUUGUUAAAUUUUUAAAGAUGUUUAAUUGAAUAAGUAUCUUUUGAGGGAUAGCUCUGAAGGUGCAUAACUUUAUAUUUGUAUAAAACUCUACUGUUUACAAACCACUUUGACAUGUGUAAUCUCAUUUAAUCCUCACGGCAAUGUGCGGUAACUAUAGAUGAUGAAACUGAACUUCAGGUUAUUGAGUGACUUAUUGGAGGGAACAGAUUACAGGAAGACUGAUCAGCUAUACUUUGGUUUUUAGAAGAAAUAUUGUCUUUAAAUGUCUUUUCUUUCUUUAGGGAUCAUUAACUUAUUAAGUGCUUGGUUGCCAUUUAACUUAAUACCCAUCCGGUGAAGAAAGUUGAUCCAGCAUAAAUACGUAUUUUUAUUUUAUCUGAAAGCUCUAACCUAAAUCUUUAGAGACAAGAGUCUAACAGAGGACACACUGGUGGUGUUCUUGACGUAACUAUUCUGUUACUUAAACCUGCAAUCGUAAGCCAAGUAUGCAUUGAAUUUUGCAUGUGCCAGAAUUGAAAUAUGCACGUGCCACAAUCUACCACUUUCUCCCCAAUAUCCAUUUUCCUUAUUACCAGUUUCUUAUUUACUAGUUGGGACGUAGCAACAAAGACAACUUUUUCGAGAUUUUCUUGCAUCCUGAUUCUGGCCAAUGGAUGCACCUCCAGGAAUUUUUCUUAAAAGGGAGGGCCAUCCCAAUCCUGUCCCUUUUACUUCCCUGCUCGCUGAAAUGUAAACGUAAUACUUGGAACUUGAGCAGUCAUGUUGGACUCUGGAGUGGGAGUCUUGUUUUGUGAAAACACUUCAGAAAUGUAGAAAUCAUCUGAGUUCUCUCUAGUGGAGAUAUCUGAAUUUUUCAAGUGAGGGAGAUACUUUUGUUUAUCACUAUGGUAUAUUUUUAGCAUCUCAUAAUUGUUUGCAUUAUUUGAAAUGGAAUAAUUCAGUAAAUAUAGAUUUCCCUUUUCUCUGUGAUAAUAACUUACUAUUAUUGAUGCUAAUGAGUCUAGUUAUUCUAAAUCUUGUUGCUGCAUAAAAAUUUACCCCAAAACUUAGAAGUGUAAAACAAGUCAUUUUAUUGUACUUACACAUGCUAGGGGGCAGGAAUUUAGAUGGAACCCAGUGCAGAUGGCUUUUCUCUGCUACACGUUUUUGGAGCUCAGCUGAGAAGAUCUUAUAGGCCAGACUUCAUAAUC